AUGAUAACAGACCGUCGAUCAAUGAGACCAUUAAAAUCACCGGUGGAUAAAAGAUCGUUAACAAACAAGCCAUAUCCUCCAAGAAUAUUCAAUCCAUGCCGUCCAUAUGAAAGAUCAUUGGAUCAACAAAAUUUAUACCUGAGUAAUUCAAAUUAUGGUCAAUGCCAACAAUCUGGUGCUAUUUUCACAAUCGAGUCAGCGGACGAUGAUGUUGAGAAUGAGGAUGAUGUUUAUUUCUCUUCGAGACAUAUGGCUGCAGCAAGAUUUCAACGUAACCAACGUUUAUUGUGCGAUGUAUUCAAUGAAGUUUGUAUUCCUGAUCUUCGAUCAAACAUCACCGUUGAUCGUAUCGUGCAAUUACGUCGACAAGUUGAUUCGUUGAAAAGUCAUCGUGAAACAUUUGAAAAAGAACUUCAAGAGUUGGAAGAAAAACAUUUGGAGAAGAAGCGAAAGUUUCUCGAAUCGAAUGAAAAAUUUCAUAACGAUUAUCUAGAAGCGUGUUCAUCUACAAACAUAAGCAGAGAAAAGCUGAACGAAAUGUUACAACGUUUUGAAACGAUGGAAAAGUUACAGCGUGAAAAACAACAACACCCAUCACUACCCCCGUCGUCACAAAUACGUAUUGAAUCACAUACACAUGUGCAACAAACAAGAGUGAACAAUCAAUAUCCAGUUAGAAUGAUGCCGCAUAAUCUAUUUCAACAGCCUCACCAAUAUGUCAGUAAUCAGCCAAUCUUUUAUUAUCAACACCAUCGACCAUUAAGUAUGUUUUCUCCUCAACAGCAGUAUCAGUUUGAACAGUACCAUAUUCAAGAACAACAGCAACAAGUACUUGCUUAUCGUCAGGCAAUGAUGAUGGCUAACAGUCAAGCACAACAGCAAAUUGCAUUUCCGAAUGACGUAUGUCAACCGUCAACCAGUGCUGUUUAA